UAUUAUUUCAUUUAUAUAUAAUCAAUUCAUAUAUCUACACAUCUAUUCAUAUAUAGUUUGUGGUUUAACUGAGAGAGAAAUUUAACUGAGCAGUGAGAGAAGAGUGAGUUGAGUGUAGAGUUUUUCUUUUGUUUGUCACUUUUUUUAUUUUUUUUUAUUUUUUGGUUUCUAUUUGAGAUCUAUAGCUAGUAAGUCCCGUUCCGUUUGAGAUCUUUAUGUCAUUCUCUAGAACGUUCCGUUUCGCCGGCCAUUUCCACAUCUCGCUCCGACCGGGUUCUGCAUUUUCCGUUCAGAGUCCGACCCGAAUGAUCCGUAUCUAGAAGCUUCUCGAUCGGGAUGGUCUAGGUGCGGCGGGCAUUUCUCGUGAUCGGCGUCGUUUGGAUGGUUCGUUGUUGUUGUUGGUUGUGGUGGUUCCGAUGAACCCGCUGUGCUGCAUUGCUCCGGUCUCGAUUGACCGGGACCGGGCCAAUCCGGUGGUCGGGAAAUCGCCGGCUCAGCAGUGCCAGGUAGGCGUCGAUGCCUCGAUCAGGAGCGGCGGCAGCUACGGCUACAAGCCGAGCUUGUCGGCUCAGGUCUCGUCGGUACGUACGGAAUCGGACAAGGCGUCGGCUGCGGCGGCGACAGUGAACAGCGAGGCGGAAGACGCGGUCGCCGAGACGAGGGAUUCGAAGGUGUUUGGCGCCACCGGCGGGGGCGGAGUUGCCGGGAUUCUUUACAAGUGGGUGAAUUACGGCAAGGGAUGGAGGCCGCGGUGGUUCGUGCUCGAAGAUGGCGUCCUCUCCUAUUACAAGGUUCACGGACCGGACAAGAUUCUGAUGAGUCCGGCGAGGGAGAAGAGCGUUAGGGUGAUCGGAGAGGAUUCGUUGCGGUACAUGAGGAAGGCGAAUUGGAGCAGCAAUCGGCUCGUCGGCGCCUACGCUCGGGGUUGCAAGCCCUUCGGCGAAGUCCAUUUGAAGGUUUCUUCAAUACGAGCGAGUAAAUCAGAUGAUAAGAGGCUUUCAAUAUUCACUGGGACAAAGACUCUACACUUACGUUGUGUUUCCAGAGAAGACAGAGCUUUGUGGAUAGAAGCACUUGUAGCUGCUAAGGAUCUUUUCCCUCGAGUGCUGACGAGCAGUGAUUUCUGGCCUUCGGAAGACGUCGUCGUUUCGACGGAGAAGCUUAGACUAAGGUUGCAGCAGGAGGGCAUUGGGGACGCAAUCAUCAAGGACUGUGAAUCCAUUAUGCUUUCGGAAACCUCGGAGCUUCAAAACCAGAUGAAGGCUCUUCAGCAUAAGCAUGUUCUCUUGUUGGACACCUUGAGACUAUUAGAGACAGAGAAAAUAGAGCUGGAAACUACUGUUGUGGAUGAAACAAAGGAACGGGAGUCAUAUUGUGGACAAAAUAGAAGGUUUAGUGAUUUCUAUUCUGUCAUGUCGGAGGGUAGUGCAUCUGAUUCCGAUGCAGAUAAUGAAAGUCAAGAUGGAGCUGAUAUUGAAACAGAUGAGGAUGAUGGGGCAUACUUUGAUACAAAUGACUUUUUGUCUUCAGAUUCUUUAAGAAGUGCUUCUUAUAGGAGCAGGGAAGGUACAGGCAAUGGCUGUAUAUUCGAAGGGGAUUCUUUCAUUUCUGAUCGUCUGCGUGGAAUUGAGAGGGAAAUCAAGAUCGUUGAAUACCCGUAUGUUAAAAGAAGGGAAACUUUGCCUGAACCAAAGGAGAAAGAGAGGCCAGUUGGACUUUGGUCAAUUAUCAAGGACAACAUUGGGAAGGACUUAUCUGGAGUUUGUCUUCCUGUCUAUUUUAAUGAACCACUCUCUUCUUUACAGAAAUGUUUCGAAGAUUUGGAGUAUUCAUACUUGGUUGAUCGAGCAUUGGCAUGGGGAAAACAGGGAAAUGAAUUAAUGAGAAUACUUAACGUUGCAGCUUUUGCCGUGUCUGGAUAUGCGUCAACAGAAGGUCGGCAGUGCAAACCAUUUAAUCCUCUCCUUGGAGAGACAUAUGAGGCUGACUAUCCGGAUAAAGGAGUCCGUUUCUUCUCUGAAAAAGUGAGUCACCACCCCAUGGUUGUUGCUUGUCACUGUGAAGGAAGAAGUUGGAAAUUCUGGGCAGACUCAAAUCUCAAAGGCAAGUUUUGGGGACGUUCUAUACAGCUUGAUCCCGUGGGUGUCCUCACCCUGCAGUUCGAUGAUGGCGAAACAUUUCAGUGGACCAAGGUCACCACUUCUAUAUACAAUAUCAUACUGGGAAAGAUUUACUGUGAUCACUAUGGCACUAUGCGCAUCAAGGGCAGCGGCACUUACUCCUGCAAGCUCAAGUUCAAAGAGCAAUCCAUCAUUGACCGAAACCCGCAUCAGGUUCAUGGAUUUGUGCAAGACAAUAAGACCGGGGAAAAGGUUGCGAUGUUAGUGGGCAAGUGGGACGAAGCAAUGUAUUAUGUGCUGGGAGAUCCUACUACAAAGCCAAAAGGGUAUGAUCCAAUGACGGAAGCUGUGUUACUAUGGGAAAGAGACAAGUAUGUCACCAAGACAAGAUACAAUCUCUCACCUUUUACGAUGUCGUUGAAUGAGAUAACACCCGGCUUAUUGGAGAAAUUGCCCCCAACUGACUCGAGGCUGAGACCAGAUCAAAGGCAUCUUGAGAAUGGAGAAUAUGAGUUGGCCAAUGCAGAGAAGCUAAGACUUGAACAGUUACAGAGACAGGCAAGAAAGUUGCAAGAAAGAGGGUGGCAGCCAAGUUGGUUCCAGAAGGAUGAGGAUGGGUGUUACCGUUACAAAGGUGGGUACUGGGAAACAAGGGACAAAAAGAACUGGGACGGAAUUCCUGAUAUAUUUGGCCAGAGUAGUGACUUGCCUUCAUGUUCAGGUGAAGAGUAAGAGUUAUUUUAGCCAGAUUGAAACUAAAAUAUUUUGUUCCGCUCAAUUAUUUAUCCAUUUCUCUCCCCCUUUUUUUUUCAUCUUCUUUUUAAUGUCCCUUGCUCUUUCUUCAUGCGAGUUUAGAUUAGGCCAUAUUAUAUAAUUA